AUGUCAUCUAAUUUGCCAGGUAUACCACCACAAGUACCAUUACCACCAUUGCCUCAACUGCAUUAUGCCCAACAUCUCCCUCAUCCACAACCACCUCAAUCUCCUCCAAUCUUAUCUUCAACAUCUUCAUCUUCCCAAAUCCAAUUUGGAAGUGACAUCCAUGCUAGAUUAGUAGCUUUUCAACAAAAAAGAAGUAGGCCAUUAAAUAAUCCUUCAAGCUUUGACUUUCCUCAAUAUUCAUCCACUGUAUCCAACAAUAGUAGUAAUAAUAACUUUAAUAGUGGCAAUAUCUCAUCGACUUCUUCUUCGAAUGAUGAGGAUGUUUCAAGAAAAUCUUCACGAAGAAGACCUAAUUUCAAACUUGAUCUUGAAAGUGACGGAUCUCUUUCUCGUGGUAAUUCAGUCAAUCGUAACAUAGAUACCAAUACACCACCAGCAACAAUCUAUGAUAGUGAUACCAGUAAUAAUCCAAAUCAUUCCGCCACUGAAAGUGAAUAUGAUUCUGAUAUGGAACCUCAAAGACCCAAUGGAUUGUUUGAAAAUUAUAAAAAAUAUAUCGAUAUCAAAUCAGGAAGACUUAAUUUCUCGGGAAAGGCAUCAUUACAUUCUAAGGGGAUUGAUUUCCUGUCAGGAUCUUCAUUCAGAAUCUCAUUGGAUGAAUUGGAAUAUAUUGAUGAAUUAGGUCGUGGUAAUUAUGGAUCUGUUCUGAAAGUUUUACAUAAACCAACUGGAGUAUUAAUGGCCAUGAAAGAAGUCCGAUUAGAAUUGGAUGAGAAUAAAUUCACUCAAAUCUUAAUGGAAUUGGAUAUUCUACAUAAAUGUGAUUCUCCAUAUAUUGUUGAUUUCUAUGGAGCAUUCUUUGUUGAAGGUGCUGUGUAUAUGUGUAUUGAAUAUAUGGAUGGAGGAUCUUUGGAUAAAGUUUAUGGUAAGGAUCAUGGUAUUAAAGAUGAAACUUCCCUUGCAUAUAUUACUGAAUGUGUUAUCAGGGGUUUAAAAGAAUUGAAGGAUAAACAUAAUAUCAUUCAUCGUGAUGUUAAACCAACUAAUAUCUUAUGUAAUACUCAAGGUAAGAUUAAAUUAUGUGAUUUUGGAGUUUCAGGUAAUUUAGUUAGUUCAUUAGCUAAAACCAAUAUUGGUUGUCAAUCAUAUAUGGCACCAGAAAGAAUCAAGACUUUAAAUCCAAAUGAUGCUACCUAUUCUGUUCAAUCUGAUAUUUGGUCAUUAGGUUUAACCAUAUUAGAAAUCGCUGAGGGUCAAUAUCCAUAUCCAUCCGAAACUUACGAUAAUAUCUUUUCUCAAUUAAGUGCUAUUGUCGAUGGUGAGCCACCUAAAUUAAAUCCCACGAUAUUUUCCAAAGAAGCUCAAAUCUUUGUCAAAUCAUGUUUGAAUAAAAACCCUGAUUUAAGACCAUCAUAUUCUGCUUUAUUAAACAAUAAUUGGCUUGUUAAAUAUAGAGGUGUUGAUCCUCACUUAGAUAUUUCAUUAUCUAAGAGAGUUGAGGAAUUAAAUGAAGAAAAAUUAAUUAAGAAAAACCUUAUCAAUAAAAAAGCAUCAGCCACCGCUGCUGCCAUUCAAAAUCCAAGUAAUAUUGAGACGGUUCAAUCAUUAUUAAGAUCAAAGGUUAAAGCUCCAGCUUUACAUAGAGGUGGAUUACCAAGUAAUAAAAGCUUUCUUAACCAUCGUUAAGGUAUGGGAUUCAAAUUUAAAAUAAUAUAUAUAUAAAAUAUCGGUUUUUAUGCAUGUAUAUAAAUAAUCUUUUACAUUUUCACAUUUUUUAUUCAUUAUGGGUAUUACAUUCGGUUUUCUUUUUAAUAUAAUAAUAAAUAUAUUUAACUUA